CAUACCUACAAAGUUCAUCCAGAUAAGACCAAAUUCACAGCAGUCACUGAUACUCCUGUACUAUUACAAGCCCAGCUCAACACAAAACAGCUUAGUGAUUUGAAUUACAAAGCAAAACAUGAAGGUGAGAAGUUCAAGUGCAAUGUACCAGCAGAUGCUCCACAGUUUAUCCAACACAGAGUCAAUGCCUAUAAUCUGAGUGAUAAUGCUUAUAAGCAAGAUUGGGAGAAGAGCAAAGCUAAGAAGUUUAACAUCAAAGUGGACGCCAUUCCCCUGCUGGCAGCCAAAGCCAACAGCAAGAACACUAGUGACGUGAUAUACAAGAAAGACUAUGAAAAGAGCAAAGGGAAAAUGAUUGGAGCCCUCAGCAUUAAUGACGAUCCCAAGAUGCUGCACUCCUUGAAGACGGCCAAAAACCAGAGUGACCGUGAAUAUCGAAAAGACUAUGAAAAGUCAAAAACUAUCUAUACAGCACCUCUUGAUAUGCUCCAAGUCACUCAAGCUAAGAAAUCUCAGGCCAUUGCCAGUGACGUGGACUAUAAGCACCUCUUACAUGAUUAUAGCUACCCACCCGAUAGCGUCAACGUGGACCUUGCCAAGAAGGCUUAUGCGCUACAGAGCGAUGUCGAAUACAAAGCUGACUACAACAGCUGGAUGAAAGGUUGUGGCUGGGUGCCUUUUGGGUCCUUAGAAAUGGAGAAGGCCAAGCGAGCUUCAGACAUUCUUAACGAGAAAAAAUAUCGCCAACAUCCAGACACACUCAAGUUUACUUCAAUCGAAGAUGCUCCGAUUAUAGUACAGUCUAAAAUUAACCAGGCCCAGAGGAGUGAUAUUGCUUAUAAAGCCAAAGGAGAGGAAAUUCUUCACAAGUACAACCUGCCCGCAGACCUGCCCCAGUUCCUACAGGCUAAAGUGAAUGCCUACAAUAUCAGUGAGAAUAUGUACAAAGCAGACUUGAAAGACUUGAGCAAGAAGGGAUAUGACCUGAGAACUGAUGCGAUUCCCAUCAAAGCUGCCAAAGCCGCCAGGCAGGCAGCCAGUGAUGUUAAUUACAAAAAGGAUUAUGAAAAAGCUAAAGGGAAAAUGGUUGGCUUCCAAAGUCUCCAAGAUGAUCCUAAACUAGUUCAUUAUAUGAAUGUGGCCAAGAUGCAGUCGGACCGGGAGUAUAAAAAAGACUAUGAGAAGGCAAAGACCAAAUACAAUACACCCCAUGAUAUGUUCAAUGUCGUGGCAGCCAAGAAAGCUCAGGAUGUUGUCAGCAAUGUCAACUAUAAGCAUCCUCUCCAUCACUACACCUACCUGCCUGAUGCCAUGGACCUGGAGUUGUCUAAAAACAUGAUGCACAUAAGGAGUGAUAAUGCUUACAAGGAAGACUAUAACACCUGGAUGAAAGGCAUUGGCUGGAUACCUAUCGGCAGCCUUGAAGUAGAAAAAGUUAAAAAGGCGGGAGAUGCCCUGAAUGAAAAGAAAUACAGGCAACAUCCAGACACACUCAAAUUUACCAGCAUCGUGGACUCCCCGGUUAUGGUCCAGGCACAACAGAACACGAAGCAAAUCAGUGAUUUGAACUACAAGGUGGAGGGGGAGAAACUGAAGCACAAGUACACUAUAGACCCCGAACUGCCUCAGUUUAUUCAAGCCAAGGUCAACGCCUUCAACCUGAGUGAC